GCCCCUCCAUUUUUUUGUGCGGUGUGGCCGAGCCCAGCAAAGGUCGACAACGGCCGCGCCCACAGUUGGGAGGAUCUUCAAGAGUCAAAUCAAAUUAGAUCUGCAAAAUUACGGUGCGAUCCGCUAACCAAUCCAAUCCGUCAGUGAUGGCUGCCGACUUCGACAGAUUGUGCGUGGCUCUUCUCUUCGCCGUCGCUCUGUCGUCUUCAGCAUGGGGAGAGGGAGAUGAGGUCGAGUGUAGUCGGAAACUCCCUGUGGUCAUCAGUACAUGGCCUUUUACAGAAGCUGUUAGGGCAGGUUGGAGAGCUCUUGAAAAUGGCGCCUCCGCGGUGGAUGCAGUUGUUGAAGGCUGCUCCAAAUGCGAGCAACUCAGAUGCGACGGCACAGUUGGUCCUGGUGGAAGUCCAGAUGAAAAUGGCGAAACAACGAUCGAUGCUAUGAUUAUGAAUGGCGUGACAAUGGAGGUUGGAGCCGUUGCAGCAAUGAAGUAUGUGAGCGACGGCAUCAAAGCAGCAAGAUUAGUAAUGCAGCACACUGAGCAUACUAUGCUUGUUUCCGAGCCAGCAUCAAUAUUCGCCAUUUCUAUGGGGCUUCCCGGCCCGAGAAACCUCAGCUCUGAAGAGUCUAUCCAGAAAUGGAAGAAUUGGAAGAAAAACAGAUGCCAGCCAAAUUUUUGGAAAAAUGUUACUCCAAUCGACGAUUGUGGUCCUUACUAUCCUAUCAGUAACACAAACUUCUCCAAGGAAACAUGCUUUAAUGUCGACAGAGCGCGCACCGAUCAGUCUAGGCCAUAUCAUAUAAAUCGCCAGAACCACGAUACAAUAUCAAUGGCCGUUAUUGACAAACGGGGGCGCAUAGCUGUUGGCACCUCUACAAAUGGAGCUACGUUUAAGAUCCCCGGCAGGGUAGGCGACGGUCCGAUUGCGGGAUCGUCUGCUUAUGCCGAUUCCAGAGUUGGAGCUUGCGGAGCGACAGGAGACGGCGACGUAAUGAUGCGCUUCCUCCCAUGCCACGAAGUAGUUUUGAGCAUGAAGUCCGGCAUUUCGCCAAAGCGCGCAGCCCAGAACGCCAUCGAUGCAAUCGCCGCGCACUACCCCAAUUUCGUCGGCGCAGUUUUCGCCGUCGACAAGGACGGAAAUCACGCCGGCGCUUGCUAUGGCUGGACUUUCCAAUACUCGGUGAAAGGCCCGGAUACAGAAGACGUCGACGUUUACACCGUUACUCCAGCGGGAGCAGCAAUGUAACUACACCCAAAUUGAUCGAUCGCUGGCGGGAAUUAAUAAUGAGACAGGUCGGAUUCAAACGUCGAACAUUGUCAGCGAUGCUACAUUCUCGAACUAUGCUAGUUCAUUACAAGACGAUGAUUGUCAAGGAAUGUAAUACAUAGGAUUCGGGAGCUUGAAGGAACGCAUCGACAUGGAAGAACCCAACAAGUCGCUCCAUUGGUCCCCCGAAUUGCCUACGAUUCGAUACCCCUCUUUGACGAGCUCGUCCCUCUUCUCCGACUUGUACUCCCUCGCUGUCUUCCCGUGAUCCUCCACCCCCCUGCAAAUUACAUCAACAAUCCAAUGGUUCAAAAUCAAGAAGAUCGAGAACAAGAAGUCCCGUAAGAAUGAUCUAGUGAUUUCUUUUGCAUGUUAUUAGGUUCGAUCACCUGAGUAUGAGUUUGUCCCAUUCCCUAAAUCCAGCUUGAAUCAAAUUGUCGACAGUGACAUUUUUGUGCC